ACUACUUUGGAGAGAGAAUGACCCCAAGUUGAUUAAACAGUUCAAGGCUCAAUUAACCUAUUUGAUGUUAAUGGAGUUUUCUCCAAGGUAAAAUUCUAUAGUAUAAAUUACAUUUGAAAAGUGAUGCAGCCACAGUCGAUCAAUCUGUAGUUUCCCCAACAUGUAUCUUCAGGUGUGUUUUGCUAUUGCUUUACUAAGCAGAGCAACAUCAGCCUAUCCAGCCGUUUAUAAUCAACCACAGUACCUUCAUCAUGCAGCUCCUCAACAACAGUAUGCACCAAUACAAUAUCAAGCUGCACCCACGCAAUAUCAUAGUGCCCCAUCACAUGUUCAGGUUGCUCCCGUUCAGCAUCAAAGUCUGCAACAACCCCACUAUCAAAAUAUCCCAGUAACUUAUGCAAAGGUAGAGCCUUCCAUCCAUCAAUUAGCAGCCACUAGCUCUCACGGAGCCUCCGGUCAACAGUCAUCUGGCAGCAAUUCUCAUGCUGCAAGUGAAUAUGCCGAUUCGGCUACACACUCCGGAAGAGGCUAUCAGAGUCACGGGCAGCACAACACUGGAGCACAUCAAACACACGGAAUCCAAGGAGCCAAAUCCAACCAACAAGAUGCUUAUAGUAAUGUCGGAUCUUAUUCAAGUGACACAGGCAGCGGAUUUGAAAAAUCCUAUUCUUAUGACAGAGCUAUGGGUUAUCACGAUAUCGAUGCACAUAACGCUGGCCAAACCAACGAAUAUGCUUCCCAAGCCAAGCAGGGACACCAUAAUGUAGGGUCUCACAGCACUAAUCUUCGGGAGCAGCAAGGUGCUCACAAUAAAGAAGGGAGCAGCUCAGAAUCUUACACUAAAUCUUUAUUUGAAAAAUAUGGCUACACAAACAAUGGCAGUAAGCAGCAAGGAUACAGCUAUUCACCAGUUUAUGGAUAUGGAUAUCACUGACAACACAACUUGAAUUGCAGCUAUGACAGAUGAAGACUUACCUCAAGAAAAUAUCUGGAAACUUAUUUAUUUAUGCUUGUUGUCUCAUUCC